AGGGUUUCUCAGCAGGACGACGUCGUUAACACGGAAAACUAUCAGUUUUAGGUUUCCAGUUACAACUACGAUGACAUAUACAGACGGUUUAAUGUUGCUGUUCUUUUGGCCAAUCUGCAUGAGUGUUUGUUCUUUAUAAAUGAUGUUUACAAGAAGGCGACUGUGAUAAACGAUACAGGGUCUAGCGGUUGAAACUGUACGGGUCGAAACGGCACGGGUCGAAGCGGUUCGAUUUGAAACGUAAACUCGGGAACACAGUGUAAGAGUCGAUUACUGGAGACAGGUGGUUUAAGUAGUUGACUUGAGUCGGUUAGCACAAUGGCCCUGGUGUGAAACUUCUGACAUCGUCAUGGGUCAUCAUUGUUCUCAAGAAGCUUCCAAUGGAAUGCGAGUCAACCUCAAUGUGGGAAUUAAGUUUUGUUGUCCUUCCUAAUCAUGAAACUUUGGACUUCAAAUUCUUAUUGAAGCCGAAAUACAACAAUGUGCCGUGCAUAGAGGAGUAAGGCCCGAACCGGCAGUUCAUGGGUGGUACCUUGCAAGGCGUUGCGCGAUUGGCGGUUUUCACGUUUAAUACAGAUGAGAUUCUUGAAUAUCAAGUGUUCAUUAAGGCCAAUAGGGUUUCACCGUUUGAUCUUGCCGCUAGUUGGAGAGCUUAUCAAGAAAAUCUUGAACCCUCCACCGUUCGUGGGAUUCCUGGCGUCAGCAUAAAUUCAUUGCCUGAGGGUACCGAGAAUGGCUCUUCAACCAGUUUGGACCUUGAUCUUGAACAAUAUUUAGUUCCGGCCCCUGCAACUUCUGUCGUUUAUGCUGCUAAUUUGACCGAGACUCCACGAUCUCUUAAAAAGGUGGAGCGUUUUCCAGUGCUGACGUGUCAAACAAAGACAAGUGUUUCUAACAAUCGUCCCGCAACCAUAAAGGAAAUGGAAGUUGUUAUCCCGGACCCACCGUUUCAUCCACCUGGCAUGGUUGAAUCGAAAUCUGUGGGUACAAUCUCACCAAUACAAAAGCAAGAUGUGGAUAGAAGUGUGGGGUCACCUCGGUUGGUCACUGACACUUGCUAUGGGCUGACCCUGCAUUUUGCUUUAUCCAUAUAAUACCUAUUAACCAAUGCACUAACCGUUUUUAUGGAUCUCAUGAAUCGGGUAUGUAAACCAUAUUUGAACAAAUUUGUGAUCGUAUUUAUUGUUGACAUUUUGAUCUACUCAUGUAGCCAGAAGGAGCAUGGGCAACAUUAGAGUUUAAUCUUAUGUUAAUAUUUGCAAAAUA